AUGAUCUCAAAACACACCAGCGCAUAUCGAGGCGUUCUACGUGAACUUAGGAGAUCAAUUGAACCGUCUCGCAAGGUCAAUACCUCCAUUGUUUCCCAUUUUCGUUGUGUCGUACAGAGUUACCGCGAAUCCAAGGACCCCCAGAUUCUUGUAGACUUAGACAACGCAACCUUGCUUUUGCGGUCGCAACGGGAACACAAGCGAUUGCUGGAGAGAUACAAUCCAUUGUUCGACCUUACCGCAGAAGAGAGGAUCCACGCGACGGCUCGGAGAGUGGGUCUUGAUAUGCCAGUCUUGCACAAAAAGGAUACGAGUUAG